GAGUAAAGUAUAGUAUAGUGGAGUAUGUAGAUAAUUUAUGGAUUACUGAUCCUGGGUCUGGGAUUAAGGUUCUAGUUGGAUCUCAGUGUGGAGAUUUAAGUUUUAGUUUCUGCUUUUUCCAGGAACUUUAUGGAGGAGUUUUACGGUGACUCAAUUUUGUUUUUAAUCUCUCUCUCUUUACCUCUCUCUCUACUUCUCUCUUUCUUUCCCUCUAUCUCAGUCUUUCUCUCUCUCUCUCUCUCUCUCUGUAAGGAAUGGCUCAGAUGAACAGUUAUGGUCAGAGCAGUAAUGGAGUAGCGGACGAGUCUCCGAACAUGCUGGUCUACAGGAAGAUGGAGGACAUCAUCGCUCGGAUGCAGGAGGAGAAGAAUGGAAUCCCCAUCCGAACCGUCAAGAGCUUCUUAUCCAAGAUCCCCAGCGUCUUCUCAGGUUCGGACAUCGUUCAGUGGAUGAUGAAGAACCUCAGCAUUGAUGAUCAGGUCGAGGCUCUUCACCUGGGAACACUGAUGGCGGCUCAUGGAUAUUUCUUCCCCAUCUCAGAUCAUGUUCUCAUGCUGAAGGAUGAUGGAACUUUUUACAGGUUUCAGACACCGUACUUCUGGCCAUCAAAUUGCUGGGAGCCCGAAAACACAGAUUACGCUGUGUACCUUUGUAAAAGAACGAUGCAGAAUAAGGCUCGGCUGGAGCUCGCUGAUUACGAGGCUGAGAGUUUAGCUCGGCUACAGAGAGCUUUCGCGCGGAAAUGGGAGUUUAUAUUUAUGCAGGCAGAAGCUCAAGCUAAAGUCGACAAAAAACGGGAUAAAAUUGAGCGUAAGAUCCUGGACAGUCAGGAGCGAGCGUUCUGGGACGUGCAUCGACCCGUGCCCGGCUGUGUGAACACGACAGAAGCCGAUAUUAAAAAGUCCUCCAGGAUGAAGCAGCCGCACAAAACACGGAAGUCAGUUUACGGUUUGCAGAACGACGUCUGCACACACAGCCCCACCCACACCCCCACACCUGAGAUCAAAGAGCCCACGGAGGAGGAGCUACGAGCACAGAUACAAUAUUGGCAGGCUCAGUUGGACAGACAUCGGUUAAAAAUGUCAAAAGUCGCUGACAGUCUGCUGAGCUUCACAGAGCAGUACAUGGAGUACGACGCCAUCUUCACCUCGCCCGACCCCUCCAACCCCUGGAUCUCAGACGACAACACACUCUGGGAACUCGAAGCCAGUAAGGAGCCGGUUCAGCAGAGGGUGAGACGUUGGGGGUUCGGGUUUGAUGAGGUUCUGAAGGAUCCAGUUGGACGGGAACAGUUCCUGAAGUUUCUGGAGUCCGAGUUCAGCUCAGAGAAUCUGCGGUUCUGGCUGGCUGUGCAGGAGCUGAAGAAGCAGCCGAUUCGGGAGGUUCCCAGCAGGGUGCAGGAGAUCUGGCUGGAGUUUCUGGCCCCUGGAGCUCCAAGUGCAAUCAACGUUGACUCCAAAAGCUACGCUAAAACCACCAAGAACAUCAAAGACCCCGGGAGAUACACCUUUGAAGAUGCUCAGGAGCACAUUUACAAACUGAUGAAGAGCGACUCGUACAGCCGCUUCAUCCGAUCCAGCGCCUACCAGGAGCUUUUACAGGCCAAGAAAAAGAAAAGCAAGAAUUUGUUUUGAAGAAGUUUCUGGAAAAGCACAGCGACGUCAGCCAGGCUGAAGAACCUCCAUGUUUCCUGUUUGGAGACGGACGAGGGCGGUGUGUAAUUUACUGUAAUCUAAACCGGCGGCACAGCAGCCAGUGCAUGUCUGAUAAACUGAGGAAAAAAGAAAAAACAGCUCUAUAUUUUUUCCAUCAUCAUCAUCUGGUUUCUGUGAUGAAGAAUUCUGGACUUUUUUCCACAGACUUGAAUUUGCGCCAAAAAAAACGUAUCUAUCAAUUUCUUCCAUACAGUAAUAAAAUCCUGAAAGCUGUUUAUAAAUCUCCAUAAAUCUCCAUAAUCUUAGUAAUCGUCUCAGUUGGAGUUGUUUUUUUUUUAAUCGUAAUUUAAGGAAUUUUCUCAGAGAAUCACCUUUACGUUCCCUUAUGUUGCACUACUUUACACCACUGCAAUUGUAAAUCACAUCUAAAUGAAGAGCUGUAUCUUCAUCUUACUUGAAAAUGCUUUUAAUGUGUCUAAUUUAUUUUUAUACUCUAUUUAAAAAUAUGUUGAUUUGAUAUCUGUAUAUUAUUAUUAUUAUCUGUAUUUUUUUUUAUUAUUAUCUUUUUUUUUAUUCUUUUUUGUAAAUAUCUGUAAAAAUCCUGGUUAAGCAGGAAAACUGUAGUAAAAAGAGAAUUAAUUUUUUUUUUAGGGGAAAACUAUUUUUAAUGCACCCUGUAAUAAUAUUACCCAGCAGAGCUAAACGCAGAUCUGUGUAAAGAAGCUUUCACUGCCUCUCAGCUGAACGUCUUUUGGUCUCCUGUGUUUAAAAUGUGAUGAUAUUGUUUGUUUUGGUAAAUUUGGUCUUUAUAAUGCAUACAAUAACAUAUAACAAUAAUAAUUUAAUACAAUACUGGAA